GGGCCAAAAAAAAGAAACACACAUAUAUAUACUCAUAAAAAAGAGAUCUUUUCUUCUUUCAUUUCUCCGUCGCCGCCGCAUCUAUUUCUUCUUCUCAUUUCCGCUAGGUAAUUAUGGAAGCACAAUUUUUUCGGUUUCUCAAGAUAGUGGGAGUCGGUUUCAAAGCGAGAGCAGAAUCAGAAGGCCGUUUAUUAUUUUUAAAGCUCGGGUACAGUCACGAGGUAGAAUUAACAGUGCCUCCUGCUGUUAGAGUGUUUUGUUUCAAACCCAAUAUCGUUUGUUGCACGGGUAUAGACAAGCAAAGGGUCCACCAGUUUGCUGCUGCUGUUCGUAGUUGUAAACCCCCCGAGGUUUACAAAGGCAAAGGUAUCAUGUAUAUUGACGAGGUUAUAAAGAAAAAACAAGGCAAGAAGUCAAAAUAAAACUUCUCUUGUCUUUUGGGUUAUUGUUCCUUAGACAUAUAUGUAAGUUUCUUUGUAUUGUACCGAUUUCUAUGCGUCUCUGUGAUUAACUUGUUUUCUAUUCCAAACUGAUCAUCGUCUCGAGGAUGAGCAAAAACAAAACACCAUUGAAUCAUAAGGCUUCGUAGUGUUAGACAGAUUGUGCGAUAGUACAUUGCAUCAUGAUUAUCAUUAUCAUUAUAUUCCUAUGAGGGUUUUUUGUAUUUAACCGUUGUUUGGCAACUAGCUAGUGUUGUUAGUGUCGUAGAAAACUUGUAUGGAUUUAAAGCCAUGAAGAAAUGUAAGGUUAACGGGAAGAAAAAGGUAGGAAUGGCAAUUGCAUUCGAGUUUUAUAUAUUUGUGUUGCAUUCGCGUUUGUGGAAUAUGGACAUGAAGUUUUCGAAUAGGGGUUUGUUUGGAGAGUGCUUAUUGGGAUAUUAUGUGGGUUUCUUCAAUUGAUGUGGUGUCUGGUUACGGUUGUUACGCAAGCGUUUUUGUGUCUUGUGUGCAAGUUGUAUCAUCGGGAAGCGAUCAAUAAGCUAAGUUUAUCAACAUGUUUGGGUGCUUACAGCGGUGAAACUUCAGUGAUGUCUCCUAAGCCCAGUGAUGAGAUUCAGCUUGGAAGACCUCGAUUGCAAUCAGAUCUAUCUCAACAAGUAUGGACUAGAUUUACUCUAUGCAAACUGUCUUACACCUGGAGUCUAUGUAUUUUUUUAAUUUUUAUUUAUAGGAUUUCACUUCCUCCUCUACAUAUGGAAGGGGGAGGGUACUAGGGAGAAGGUAUGAGACUAUCUCCUCUCUUCUGUUUUGUGGUUCAUAGGUUUCUGCAGAGCUGUAGAAGAAUUCAUGCCUUGGGUCCGUCAACUAUUGGAUUGUUCCGAAACUUGAACCAUAGAUCUAUGACCGAAGCGAUCUUCAGUAGGAGGACUGAAGCCAUCUUCAAUAGGAGUUCUUGACAAGAAAAUCUGCAGAGGUGUAAAAGCUUUUAUGUUGCGGGUUUUCCAACCGCUGUGUAGGUCUGCAAGAUUCCAAGAAACUUAUUUAAACUGUUAUUUAAUUUGUUUUGUACCUUACUAAACUGAUUGAAUAGUUGAAAAAAGAAUGAUCUCCUUUGAAAAACAAAUUAUUGAAGAUUAUGUAUUCGGCAUAGUAUGAUUAUAAUAAUAGUAUGAUUAUACGAGUAAAACAAAAA